CGCUUGGAAGCAGAAGCUAGGUAUAAGAGUUUCAUGAUGCCCUGUUACGAGCAAGAAACACCCGGGAGACUUGGACCGCUCACACGGUUGAAAGCACUACAGCUUGUUAUUGGACUGCCCUUCCUUAUUGUCCUUUUGUUUCUCUACUUGAUGCCGAUGGGGAUUCAUUCUCCCUGCAUUCAGGAGAAGGAGUCAUUAGGGCCCAAGCCAACUCUCUUUGGACAUAGAGGUGCCCCCAUGCUGGGACCUGAGAAUACCAUGAUGUCUUUUGAAAAAGCUGUUGAACACGGGGCCCAUGGACUGGAGUUUGACAUACACCUAAGCACCGAUAGUGUCCCUUUCCUCAUGCACGACCACGACUUGAGAAGAACAACGGAUAUCAGGGAGGUGGUGCCCAGUGCCUCUCGGAACAGAAGUGACUCCUUCUCAUGGGAUUUCCUGUCGACUCUGAACGCAGGCAAAUGGUUUUUAAAGGACAAACCAUUUUACAAAAUGGAACCCCUAUCAGAGGCUGAUCAUGAAAAAGCAAGAAGUCAGAAAAUUCCAAAACUACGUCAUUUAUUGGAUCUUGCACGAAAGGAAAAAAAGAAAGUGAUAUUUGAUCUUACACGCCCUCCCAGCAAGCACCCUCUCAGAGACUCAUAUGUCAGCGUGGUAGUAAGCGUGAUCCUUGCCUCUAAAAUGGAUCCACAUCUGAUUUUUUGGUUGCCUGCCUUUGAUCGGGACUAUGUUAGGUAUCUAGCUCCUGGUUUCCAGCAUGUGGGCCGGUUACAAUCUGUUGAAAAACUCACAGAACAAAACAUAAGCAUGAUAAAUGUUGACUACAAGGAGUUGUUCUACGGUGGGUUGAGGUAA